AUGUCACAGCCCACGAUUCCUUCAGUAGACAGCCACGAAGCCCAGAAACAAAUCAUGGUGGACGACCUGGGUACUCGUGGUCAGUCCAAGCUAGUCGAUCAAGUAAUCCCCCCCAAUGUCCUCGAGUCUAACAUGUCUCCGGGCGAGUCUGACAGUGAAGACGAUCAUGUGUUCUCCGAAGGCGAAGACACCUUCUUAACUUCCUACACGUCCUCCUCGAACAAGAAACGUGUCCGGCAUCUUAUCAAGGACAUUGGUGGUGAUGUGCAGUUCAAUCCGAAGUCCGAAAGAGACUUCGACGAGACGUUGACCAAAUGGAAGCGGGUCGCUUCGUCAAUGCUCUACCUGCCCGCAGAGUUGAAGGAAGUAGUGAUUCUCAAGUCUACUCCGAACAACCAAGAUCGUAUCGCGCGUGAGAGACUGAUGUUACUGCCAUAUCAAGAAUUCAUCGACAGGUACGCUAUCGUACUAUUCCCUUUCAGCGAUGAGAUAAAUGUUGUCUGUCAAAGGCUACAGACUCAAGACCGUGGUACUGAUACCAUGAAAAUUAUAGAUGACUUCCUUCUGUUGAAGGCCAGGUUCAAGGAGUUGUGCCGUCGUUGGAAUCAGAAGUCGAGAUACCAUGCGUUAGAUUACUGUUAUUGCUUGUUACGGAAGAUUGACCGAGAAAUCGAAAUAAAGAUUCGGUCAGAUGUAAGUUAUCGUCAGUGCAGCCUGACGGAAAUCAUCGAGCGUGUCAAGGCUAUCGAACGCGCAGAACAGAUUAGGCAAGAGGUAGAGCCAGCACUCAAUACGGUUCAAGAAACAAGACCCUUGGCAAUGCCUGCGGUAAACUCGAACUACCCCAGACAAUGCAAGUGGUGCCACUCAUCAGACCAUAUCAGUUUCAAGUGUCUGAACAAGCCAGUCUGCAACAACUGCAAACGGCCUGGCCAUGUUCAAGAAGACUGCUGGCAGAUUACCAGGAAAGGACCUCUCGGCGAUAGGCAUGCUUACCUCCGCCGAGAACCCGGUGGAUCCUUCAAGCUUAGUAUCGAGGACAUUAGAAACAAUCGCGAGCUUCUACAAACUUUAGCGAACAUGUACAAUGACAAGUAUGAGAAGGAGAAUCGAUACUACCAGAAUGCCAAGCAGCGCCGGGACCGGAAAAGAAGCCAUCCAGGAGACCCUCCCGUUCGUGAUCGCGAGAAUGACCAGGAUCAACCCAUGACUGAUCACCCCAGUGGAGCGGGAAGAGUAGCGACUGACGAAUGUUCACUAUCGCUAGCUCAAGGAGUGAACCGACAGAAUUGUAGGUAUGUACGGUUACCGGUAUCUGGAAGGUCCGUGUCGUUCAUGGUAGACACGGGGGCGGAGAUCAAUAUAUUCCCGGAUGCCCUACUCAAGACGAUGGACGUUCAAAGUCAGUCCACCGUCACCGAACUGGAUACGCCGCUACAAGUCAAGGGCAUCGGAGGAACCUCAAGAUGUACGUCUCAGGUUUGCAUACUCACUUCUUUCGGUGGUAAGUCGGUGGAACUGAACUUCUAUGUCGUGCCGGCUACCGCCAUGACCUAUCCACUGCUGGGGCUCCCAGCUCUACAACAACUUAGCGCCUCCGUAAAUCUUAGGGAUGACAAGUUGGUUACGUGUUUCGGCGAACUCCCUCUGGUUCAGGAUCCGAAUUUCGCCAGCUACGACUCGCGCCUGAACGCGUUGCAAGAAGCUGAGGAAACGUUCACCGUCGAACAGAUCGAAGAGCGUAUCAAUAAGGAACUGUCUGCGACUCAGAAGGAAGAUGUCGUCAGACUCCUUUUACAUUAUGACGAAACUUGGCGAACGACCAAGUUGGGGAGAUGCCGUCUUCUCGAGCACGCAAUAGAUACCGGUGAUCACCCGCCGGUCAAGCAGGGGAUGCGGAGAUACUCUCCGGAACAGAGAAACGAGAUCGACCGUCAAGUUCAGGAUCUCCUCGCUGCCGGUGCGGUUUCGGAGUCUACCAGUCCGUGGCGAUCGCAGAUCGUGAUGGUGUCUAAAAAAACGGGGGAGUGGCGAAUGUGUGUUGACUAUCGGGCUCUAAAUGAAGUCACUGUACCUGACACUUUCCCCUUACCUGUGAUUGAGGAUCUACAUGAUCAACUCGGAGGUGUUGAGCAUGUAAUUACUUUAGAUCUAAAAGCUGGAUUUCAUCAGAUUCGUCUGAGAGAAGAAGAUAAGGUGAAGACAGCCUUUGCGACGCCCACUGGCCUCUACCAAUUCAAUGUCAUGCCGUUCGGAUUGGUCAAUGCGCCAGCAACCUUUCAGAGAAUGACGACGAAGUUACUCGAAGGACGUCUGGGGAACGGAUGCUUGGUUUAUAUUGAUGAUAUCAUAAUAUACGGAAACUCGUGGCCCGUGUUGAUGAACAACUUUGAAUGGGUGCUCAAGAGACUGUCGGAUGGCUGCAUAUACUUGAACAUCAGAAAAAGCCAUUUCGGGUUGUCGGAGUUCGACUAUCUUGGAGUCACCAUUCGGCGAGGCAAGGUUUACCCGUCCAAGAAAUCAAUAGAGACCAUUCAGAGGCUCUCGCCUCCCGAGGAUGUCAAUGGAGUUCGUAGGUUCCUAGGACUGGUUGGUUACCUAAGGAAGUUCAUCAGAGAUUAUGCUUCGUUGGUGAGGCCCUUGCAGGAACUCGUCACAGCGGAAGAUUUCGUUUGGUCUGAGACUUGUCAAAACAGUUUCGACUCUGUGAAAAAGGUGUUGUCAGAGGCACAGCUUUCAUUAUACCUACCGCAACCUCACCUUCCUUUCUGCUUGGACACUGAUGCUUCAACAUACGCGAUUGCAGGCGUACUUCAGCAGGCUGAAGGCGACAAGGUACAUGUAUUGCAGUUUGCGUCAAAGAAGUUGACCACAGCGGAGUCAAAGUGGCCUGUCUAUGAGCUGGAGGCGUACGCUGUCGUCUGGUCUAUAUUUCAUUUCGCUCAUUAUCUACGCGGCAAGGAGUUUGUCGUACGAACCGAUCAUCAGAGCUUAAAGUGGCUCUGGAGUACAGAGAAAUCACGGGUUGCCAGGUGGGCUAUGUUUCUUCAAGAAUUUCAGUUUAAGAUCAUCUACAGAGCUGGAAAAAGUCAACAACACGUGGAUAUCUUCACGCGUGACGUCGAGUUUGGUAAGUUAGACGAAGAUAUUGACGCUAGGUGGGUCCUGACAUCACAGACGGAUGUUCAACCGUCAAUGUUGACCCUCAAUGAGACGUUCCCCACGCCUGAAGAUGUCGCUAACGCAUUUGAACAAGAACCUGAACCACCUUUCUCGUAUACACUUCAAAAUGGUCUACCAAUCGUGCGAAAUCGCGUGUAUGUUCCUGAGUUGGAGCCCACCAAGGUGUUCAAAGGUCCUACCAUCGGUUGUCUAAAUACUUCUGGUGGAUUAACAUGA